AUGGCAGCUAAGUUCUUCGCUCUCGCUCUCUUGGUGGCGGCUGCACAGGGCAGCGCUAUCCAUGGCGCCGACUACUCCAGCUUUUCAUAUGGUGUUGCCGAUCCUCACACCGGAGAUGUAAAGAGCCAACACGAAACUCGCGUGGGUGACAAUGUAGUUGGACAGUACUCACUGCUUGAGUCUGAUGGAAGCCGCCGUACCGUUGACUACGCUGCUGAUGCCCACUCAGGAUUCAACGCCAUUGUACGCAAGGACCCAGCUCUUGUUGCCCACCCAGCCCCAGCAGUCGUUGCUGCACCUAUUGCACACGCAGCCAUUGCAGCUCCCAUUGCCCAUGCCGCCCCUCUAGCCCUGGCUGCCCACGCCGCACCUGUUGCUUAUGCUGCCGGUCCCUCCGUGUCUCACUCCGCCUACUCCACCUCCGUAGCUCACGGAGGAGUCGUUUCUGCCCCUGUUGCCCAUGCUGCAAUUGGCGCUCCCCUUGCCUACGCUGCUCCCUUGGCUCAUGGUGGCGCCUGGGGACACGGAGCCCUCGCAGGUCCCCUUGCUCAUGGUUUAGCAUACGGCGCUCAUGGUCUCGGACACUAUUAA